AUCAAUGGCAUUUUCAAAAAUGACCAAUAAAGUGUCUGUCAUACGUUUAGAUUUUUCACAAAAUUUAUCUGAAAUUUCUUACUUGUUUGGUGCCAACUGUCAAAGCUUGAUUUUUAACUUUUACACCUCCAUUCGGAGAGUCAGAAAUACAUACAAAGCUACCAAAAUGCUUAGUUUCGGGUAAAAACCCAAAAAUAUAUCUCAUUUCCUACACACAAACAAGAAAGAAUUACAAUGACAGAGAAAUAUCAGAAGUUCUCAGUACCUUCAAAACACCAUGUCUGAGUUAUUAAAAAAUUUGACCGGGGCCAUCAUUCGAAUAUGUCCCCUGCCCCCCUAUAUCAUAUAGUGGUAAGCUGACUCUAUAUAAAGACAAUUCUACAUAAUGUAGUGUUGUUUUGACUCUAUAUAAGAAUGAUUCCACAUAAUAUAUUCGUAAUUGCACAUCAUAUAAUGAAAGACUGCAUGGCAUCAUAUAAGGACAAAUUCACAUCAUAUAUUGUUAAGUUGACUCUAUAUAAGGAUGAGUCCACAUAAUAUAUUCAUUAAUCAAUGCACAUCGUAUAAUGAAAGACUGACAUCAUAUAAGCACAUGCUGACAUCAUAUAAUGUUAAGUUGACUCUAUAUAAAGACGGUUCCACAUAAUAUAUUCAUUAAUGCACAUCGUAUAAUGAAAGACUGACAUCAUAUAAGGACAUGUUGACAUCAUAUAAUGUUAAGUUGACUCUAUAUAAAGACGGUUCCACAUAAUAUAUUCAUUAAUGCACAUCGUAUAAUGAAAGACUGACAUCAUAUAAGGACAUGUUGACAUCAUAUAAUGUUAAGUUGACUCUAUAUAAAGACGGUUCCACAUAAUAUAUUCAUUAAUGCACAUCGUAUAAUGAAAGACUGACAUCAUAUAAGGACAUGUUGACAUCAUAUAAUGUUAAUUUGACUCUAUAUAAAGAUGGUUUCACAUAAUAUAUUCAUUAAUGCACAUCGUAUAAUGAAAGACUGACAUCAUAUAAGCACAUGCUGACAUCAUAUAAUGUUAAGUUGACUCUAUAUAAAGAUGGUUUCACAUAAUAUAUUCAUUAAUGCACAUCGUAUAUUGAAAGACUGACAUCAUAUAAGGACAUGUUGACAUCAUAUAAUGUUAAGUUGACUCUAUAUAAAGACGGUUCCACAUAAUAUAUUCAUUAAUGCACAUCAUAUAAUGAAAGACUGACAUCAUAUAAGGACAUGUUGACAUCAUGUAAUGUUAAGUUGACUCUAUAUAAAGAUGGUUCCACAUAAUAAUUAUAUUCAUUAAUGCACAUCGUAUAAUGAAAGACUGACAUCAUAUAAGGACAUGUUGACAUCAUAUAAUGUUAAGUUGACUCUAUAUAAAGACGGUUAUACAUAAUAUAAUGUUGUUUUGACUCUAUAUAAGAAUGGUUCCACAUAAUAUAUUCGUAAUUGCACAUCAUAGAAUGAAAGACUGACAUCAUAUAAGGACAUAUUGACAUAAUAUAUUGUUAUUAUGACUCUAUAUAAGGAUGGUUUCACAUAAUAUACUAAAAAAUGCACAUCGUAUAAUGAUAGAUUGACAUCAUAUAAGGACGUGUUGACAUCAUAUAAUGCUGACUCUAUAUAAGAAUUAUUCCACAUAAUAUAUUCAUAACUUCACAUCAUAUAAUGGCAGACUGACAUCAUAUAAGGACAGAUUGACAUUAUAUAUUGUUAUUUUGACCUUAUAUAAGGAUGGCUCUACAUAAUAUAUUCAAAAAUGCACAACGUAUAAUGAUGGAUUGACAUCAUAUAAAAACACGUUGACAUCAUAUAUUGUUCAGUUGACUACAUAUAAAGAUGGAUCCACAUAAUAUAUUAAUGAGUGCACAUUGUAUAAGGAAAGGUUGACUCAAUAUAUUGCUAUAUGGACAUAACAACAUUUAGGUUUAUAAUUAUAAGACAGUUAAGGCUUUCCAUACAUUUUCAUGUUUUUGCCUGAUGCCCCUGAUGCAAAAUACAAAUCAGCCUUCAUAAAAUUUCUUAUCAUCAUGAUCAUAGAAAAAAGGUUAGUUUUUUAUCUGUAUAAAAAAUAGAUAUUGUACAUGUAUUAGUACAGUUAUGUUUACUUUCGAAUUGACCUGUUAUAAAUAAUGGCAAAACCAAUAACUGUCUAAGCCCUUUUUAGUAAAAAUAAUGAUACAAUAUAUAAAUUGUUAUUUUGAUUAAGACUAUGAGUAUGUAAGGUUUUUUUCUUAUUUGUUUAAUUAAGAAUUAAUCUACUUGUUAAUUUAAAAUUCUAAAAGUAUCUGUCACGGUUUAGAACUGUUAACAAUUUAGGGGAGAUAAUGUGUAAGCGGCCAGAUAGCUCUAUCACUACAGCCACGGUACAUUAUUCUGUGGGUCACAGGUUUGAGUUCUGGUCAAGCUGAAAGUUACUCUCAUCCUAUGACUGCAUAUAACCCUGAGUUUAAUUCACUAUGCUCUGUAAACAUCAGAAAUUUAAGGACACAAAUCAAUAUAGUGGGAAAUAUGUUGUGGUUUAUAACUGUUUCAUUAUUAAAGAGAAAAUGUGUAGCCGGCCUGAUAGCUCAGUUGGUCUUCUGACAGUCAUGGGUUCGAGUCAUGGUCAGGCAGUUUCAGUCAGGGUUUAGAAGUGGUUUUUCAACUGACACAUGUUUGAUUCAUGUAACAGAUUGUAUUAAAUUUGAAAUGGACAAAGGCAGUAUUGCAUGAUACUUUUAGAUCUACAAAAGGCAUUUGAUACAGUUGAUCACACUAUACUGCACAUGAAGAAGUUCUUCUUCUUCAUGAAACUUCAUGCAUCUACCAUAGGUAAUGACAUUCUUACAUGGUUCAAGUCUUAUCUCUGAUAGACAGCAGCUGGUGGAUGUGGCUGGUACUCAUUCUACUACUACUCCGAGUACCUAUGGUGUCCCCCUGAGGUUCAUUUUAGGUCCUCUUUUAUGUCUAAUAUAUGUCAAUGACAUGUCUGCAACCCUAAGCAAUAAGCUUUUAUUAUAUGCUGAUGACUCAGGUAUCCUUGUAUCUGGUUUAGUAAAUCUGAUGAAAUUCUCUCUUAUGGCAUGAGUCUUAUAAGAUUGGUUAAUUGACUAUAAAUUAUCUUUGCAUCUUGGCAAGACAGAGUCUAUUCUUUUUGGUUCAACUUAAACAGGGUCCUAGCCUCCAGGUCACAUGUAAUGGUACUGCUAUAUCAAACAAAUCUUUUGUUAAGUAUUUAGAUGCAAAACUUGGAUCAAAUUCUUUUUGGCGUCGCCUUUGAUGCUUUGCAUAAAUGCUUUUCUUGUAUUGUAUUGGAUGGUUCUGUAACGUAAGCUUAUUAGCAGAAAUUUAAGGAUAUAAAUAUUAUUUUAGAUUCUGGAAUUUUUCCUGAAGUUUUGAGUUACCAAUAUAUAAAAACAAGGGUAACAUAGAUGAUCCAGAUAAUUAUAGGGGAAUCACUAUACUAAGUUGUUUUGGGAAACUUUUCACAAAUGUUCUUAACUCUAGACUCAAUAAUUUUUUAGAAAGUAAUAACAUUCUCUGCGAAGAACAAGCUGGAUUUAGGAAAAAGUAUAGCACCACUGAUCAUAUAUAUUUUCUCUGAAAACUUUGAUUGAUUUAUAUCUGUCUAAAGGUAAAAAGUUAUACUGUUCUUUUAUUAAUUAUAUGUCACGAGGGUAAUAUACCGACAUGUAUAAUCUAUUGUUUGUAUGUAUGUCUUAUAUAUUGUGUCGUUAUAUAUUCCCUGUACGUUUGUCAUUUUGUUAUAUCAUAUAUGUACAUGUCCUAUAUAUUUGUCCUAUUCAUUCCCCAUAUUUUUCUCAUUUUCAUUCAUCCUUUUCAUUUAUUGCAACAUGUAACACUUAAUGUCAUUCUAUAUAAUGCAUAACAACUAAUUUCUUCUGGACGGGCCUCCUAACAUUUACUCACCCGGAUAGGAAGUCACGCAUGCGCACAUUGAAUACACUUCCAUUGGUUUGCGCCACGAAGUAGCUGUGUUUGCGUCUUCUUUCAUCCUUAGUAAAUUGUUUUAUUUGUUUCCGUGCCAUUACAGGUAAUUUUGGUUGUUAUUUUUUACUCGUAAUGUAUUCAUUCAAUUAUUGAAAUGACAUGCGUGUUGCAUUUUGUAUUUUGCACAUUGAAUAUACUUCCAUUGGUUUGCGCCACGAAGUAGCUGUGUUUGCGUCUUCUUUCAUCCUUAGUAAAUUGUUUUAUUUGUUUCUGUGCCAUUACAGGCAGAAACAGCCCCUCCUUUAUUAGGAAAGAGGAACCCUACGACAUAUAGAAAGGCUUUUGAUAGCAUAAAUAGAGCUGCACUUUGGCAGAAAUUUAUUAGCAAUAAUGUUAAUGGUAAAUGUAUAAAGAUCAUUUAUAAAAUGUAUUUACAAGCUAAAUCUUGUGUUAAAAUCAAUUCUUUUAGUCAUAUGUCAGAUUUUUUUACAAGUCAUACAGGCGUUUGUCAGGGUGAAAAUUUAUCUCCCAUAUUGUUUUCAUUGUCACAACAUUUUAAUUGUCUGGAUCUACUAUCAAACGUUGAUACAUUCUUUUAUAUGCUGAUGACACAAUUUUAUUUGCUGAAUGUGCUGAAGAACUGCAAAAAGCACUAGAUGCAAUGUCAAAUUAUUGUCAAUUAUGGCAUUUACAAGUUAAUCCUAGUAAGAGUAAAAUUGUUGUAUUUUUGUUAAAGUAAAGAGGGUGUAUGUAAUAUUCCAGCCUUUAGUUUUGAAGGUAAUUUGCUUGAAAUUGUUGAUGAUUUUUCAUAUCUGGGUGUUAAAUUCUCUCAUAAUGGUAAAUUUGCUAAAACAAAGAAUUGUUUAUUAGAACAGGCAAGAAAGGCUUUGUUUUUAAUUAUAGUAAGUAACGACUUUAUUUAAUGAGGCUAACACAUUCGGUUUCCCAAUCUUCCAUGCGGGCCUCAGCAUAUACAUAGCAUGUACAUAACAAUGUAUACAUUACACAUUUUAAAUAACAUAUAUACACAAAUAGAAAAAAAACAACAAAAAACAAACCAAAAAGGCUAGAAAAUUGGAUCUACCUAUCAGUAUAUUUGAUAGCAUGGUAGCUCCUAUAUUGUUAUAUGGUAUCGAAGUGUGGGAAGUGUGGAAAUCUGAAUAUAAUAGAUAGAUUUCAAUUAAAAUUUUAUAAACACAUAUUAAAUUUGAAACAAACUACUCCAAAUUGUAUGCUUUAUGGAGAUUUAGGGAUAUUACCUUUAUCUAUUCAUAUAAAAGGUAGAGUUUUGUGCUUUUGGAAUAAGAUUUUAAGUAGUAAACAAGAAUCAAUAAGCCAUAUCUUGUAUGAUAUGUCACACUCUUUGUAUUGUAGAAAUGUGUUGAAACUCCCAUGGAUGAAUAGUUUUCUUUUAAAUGAAAAAAAGACUUGUCGCUUAAAAGAGAUAAAAAUGUGAAAAUUAAAUGUACAUGUAGUAAGAUUUGACAGAGUGAAAUAUUUGUUUGCGUGGAAGUACUUGAAUAUUCAACUUUAAUUCAGGUAAAAUGCAUUUUUUUUGUUUCUACAACAACAAGACAGCGUGUUUGUUUUCAUCAGAAAGUAAUUAUUGUAAGAUGUGUAUUCAAUGAAGGUGAUUUUCAUGUUUGUUGAAAAUCUGGGUUCAUUUAACAAAAGAAAUUGCAGUGUUUGAUUUUUAAUUCUAAUUUAUUUAUCACAAAAAUCUGAUGCAGAUCCACAUACUCAAGCAUAUGGCAACUGUCAACUAAAAGUGGUAUACAAAUUGUAAAAUAAAGCUAUCACAAUCUUUUGUACAUCCUAGUAUUCCUUAUAUAUGUACUUAAACUUGUUAUCAAAUGAAAUAUAGUUUUUAUUGUACAUUCUUGUGUUGCUCUCACCCUAACAAUGUAUUUAUAGUACAUGUAUUUCAUUUUUUAUAAUUUUAUAAAUGCAGACAUAGAUGAAUGUGACACAAGCCCUUGUAGUGGACCAACUAGUACAUGUAAUAACUUUGAUGGUGGGUUUAGCUGUUCAUGCGGGACAGGAUAUGAAUUGAAUGGAAACGUUUGUGUUGAUGUUGAUGAAUGUAGCGAUGGUUCUCAUUGUUGUGAUGGUCCAACACAUUAGUAUCGGAGACUACUCCUGUGGUUGUGCUGGAUCUGGUUAUGAAGUUCAUGAAAAUGGUUGUACAUGUGUAGAUUUAGAUGAAUGUGAUUAUGAUCCAUGUGGUGGAGUAGGCUAUGGGUGUGAAAACACCCAUGGAAGUUUCAGCUGCUAUUGUCAAACUGGAUAUAGAUUGUCUAACCCUACAACAUGUGUUGAUAUUGAUGAAUGCAGUGAAGGUUCUCAUUGCUGCUCUGGUCCGACACAUACUUGUAGCGAUUCUGACGGAGGCUACUCCUGUGGUUGUUCUGGAGAUGGCUAUUCUUUAGAUGAUGAUGGGUGUACAUGUGUAGGCAAGUCUUUAAAUGAAAUUUAUAUCAGAGCUAAAAAAUAUGUUGUUAAACGAAAAAUGAUAUUUCUCCCCUGAGUUAAGGAGGCAAUGAAAAAAACAACAUUAAACCUAUGAAAAUAUAGUCACAGUUACAUUGAGUCUGUUCAUAAGAGGUUAAUAUGCCACAUUUCUUUCACCCUCUAGCAUUAUAAAAGGCACAUUAUGCUUCAAAAACUCUACGGAGUAGAGGCGACAUAGAGGGAUUGCAUCUCCGUUGUCUGACUG